AUGGCAUUCUGCGCUGCAUCGGGGUCAAUAAGUCAAGAGAGUGUCAUGCCUAGAAAACUUCUCUCAGAUUCUGCUGAAAUGGCAUCUGAAAUCUCUCCAAAGCACGCACUUGGGAGCACGGAAAGGGGAGGCAGUGUGGAAAAUCGUGGCAGCCAAGCUAGGUGCAGAAAUACUGCCUUGGAUGAUGAGAGUCUGAAACACUUAACUCACGAAGAGCAGGAUGUUCUCAUGUUCUUUGAGGAAACCAUAGAUGCCUUAGAAGAUGACUUGGAGGAGCCGGUCCUACGUGACAGUGGCAUCCACUGUCAGUCUCCAAGGUCAACAGAAGAAAAUGUGUCCAGUCAUUCAGAGACUGAAGAUAUCAUCGACUUAGUACAGUCAACACCUGAGAGUAGCGACCAUGAAGGCCCUGCUAGCAGAGAAGCAGAACCAGUGUUGGAUGCAACCUGGAGAAGUGAGAGCCCUAAACCAGCUGUACCUGCUGACCUUCCCCCGCAUCCCCCUGCACCACCACCAUCGAUGUCCGAGACGCUUCCUCUUCCUCCUCCACCCCCUCCUCCAGUCCAGCAUCCAAAAUUGCUUCGCUCUGUCCCCACUCCGCUCAUCAUGGCCCAGAAGAUGUCCGAGCAGCAGAUGGAGAGCAGGGUGCACUUCUCCAGUGCCCUCAAGGAAGGCAAUUCCGACAAGAAAAACCCUGUAGCCAACGGUGAUUAUUUCGUGGCUCCGAAGCACCCUCCUGCACCUGCACCCAAACUGCACCGGUUCCCGAGCAACAUCAACAUAACGAAUGUCAGUGGCAAAGAAUUCAGUGAGACUAUUUCAAAAGCAGCGGUUAACGUCCAGGAGCGGAGAGCUCAGGUGCUGGCCAACAUCAAUGGAGGAGCUUUGGCAGCUGAACUGGAGGAGAAGCUGCAGAAAAAUGAUUUCUUGUCACGUAACAGAAGUUCUUCCUUAAGGGAUCUCUCCUCUGAGCAGACACGAUACGAGGCCUUGACAAAACUUGGCCUCGUUAAGAGCAAGCCAGCUCAGGACCAAGUGGACCAUGCCCCGAGCACUCAGCAGCUUGACGUGCAGCCCAAACAGGCAGGCGCUGUUCCCAAUGGAUAUCAAAACAUCCACGAGAUUUUAAAAAGCAAGCCCAGCCCUUUCCUUCCUACGGGCAAAACUGUAACAAUCAAACCAGAGGUAGCUCUUGCUGCUAACAAGGUCAGCAGCGCGCAGCAGAACACAGCAAAAAGUUUUAAUGAUUGUAAACAACCUAGUCUAAACCUGGAUAUGAGGAGGAGAUCAGGUUCGCUGCCUAGACCUUCAGGAUUUCGAUCCCAAGGGAUCACGGUACAGUUUUCUGGCCGUGGCUCAACAGAAGAAGCUAGGAGAGAGGCACUUCGCAAACUGGGACUACUAAAAGAGACUGCGUAA